AUGCCAACACGAACUACCAGCACCGGUGGCGAUGGUGCUGCUGGUACCUAUUCCACGGCAUCCAACACGAAGCAUUUCGAACUACCUAUUUUGGAUUUGAACUUCGGCUCCCUCACUCAGGGCACCGACAUACCACCUCCUGACCCAUCACCUGAUCGAGAAGUCCCGACUCCGCCUAAGACCCCUGUCGAAAACGCGGUUGACGAGGAGAAACCGGAAGCUAACGGUGUUGCAUUGAAUGGGCAUCAUGAGACGUCACCUCAAUCGGACAUCACAAGCUCGACGAACGAAGGUGGACUGAAGCGUCCGGCUGAGGAUGUCCCAGCUUCCCCUACGCACUCAAGUCGGGGCAGUCUUCGACGUUUGUUGAGCCGAACUCUACUAAACAACACAUACGACGAGCAAGCUUCUGUAGGCGGCCAAGCCGUGUCCAGACCCCCGAGUCGUACGGCAAGCACUAUUGCCGAGGAUAAAAAGUCGAAACGAGGCAGCGGAUGGUUUAGACGUUUACGAUCCAACGACAAAUCGAAUGCUCCCGUUGCCGCCCCCAGUACUGCUCCCGGUGCUCUUCCCAAUAAACGGCACAGCACGCAUCUUACCCAAUUCGAGGAGUUCAAGAAGCCAACAGGCCCACCACCACCCAUGAUCCCCGAGCUGAGCACUUGGGAAUAUAAGCCAGAUAUCACUAUGGGUGAUGAUAUAUUUAAGGACAUUAAAUAA